AUGUGGGACAGGCUGCAUCUCUACCCGCUAAGCCACUCAGGUCGCAGUGGAUUUCCCAAGAAGGACUUCCGGAGAAAGAGCUGGAAAUCCAACCGUUGGCAAGGUCCCUACCAGGUGCUUCUCGUCACAAAGACAGCGGUCAAGUUCGCCGAGAGAGCCACGUGGGUCCACGCCAGCCACUGCAAAGUCGUAGUCACAGGCCAGGAGGGACGGUGUCAUCCAGGGAGGAACCUCAACUCUUCCAUGGUCAGGGUCAAGGAGUUACAUCAGAUAGCAACAUGGAUUGAGGAGUCUACACUGAAACAACAGAUGGGCCCCCCGUUCCUGCAAGUACCAGGCGGAGUGGCAGCUGAAGACUUAUCUGCAGAAUUGGUCAAAUACACUGGAAGUGAGUCAAAAGAGGAAGAUGCUAAAGACGUGAAGAAGUGCUAUUGGCCACUGGUGAAGUGUGUGACUGUCAGGGGGCCGAAGAAGGGUCUUCUCCAGCACGUCACACUUGUGGAUCUUCCUGGAAACCGGGACCGUAACAAGACCAGAGACACAAUGUGGAAAAAGGUUGUUGGAAGUUGUUCUACUGUGUGGAUUGUGGCUGAGAUCAAUGGAGCAGCUUCUGAAAAAGAAUCCUGGGAGAUCCUGGAAGAAUCCUGCAGCCUCAUGGGAAAUGGUCGCGAGUGUCAGCAGAUUCAUUUGAUCUGCACCAUGUCUGAUAGUCUUGGAGGUUCAGAUGAUCAGUCAGCAGCUGAUGUUCGUGCUCUGAUACUAAAACAAAACGAGCAAGCCAAGAUAGACGUGAAGGCAGAAUUCAGCAAACUAAAAGACGCUAAGGAAUUCCUGCAAGAUCUCAACGACUGGCAGACAUGGAACUAUGUGUCUGGAGCUCUGGGGGUUCUCUCUCUGAUUCAGGCAGCCAGCAGCAGAGAGAGAGGAACAUCAAGUAACAACAUCUUUCACUGUCUUUCAUAUUGA